AUGAUGGGGCAGUGUUUUGGAACAGAAGAUGGAAGCUUUUUGCCUUUUCGGCAAAAGCGGGGCUAUGAUCGCUUCACAACAUUCGCUCCGAAGAGCAAAUGGUAAGUUUGAAGUUUUGUGUUUACAAAGCGCUUUAAAAUCACAUGUUUUUAAGAACUUAAUGCGAAGCCAGUCAAGAUACCUUAUAGGAAACUGUGAACUGUAAUUAAACGCUGAAAUUACUGUCAAAUGAGGUAAAAAUGUUGUUUACUUUAACCUUCUUGGUGGAUUUUGUACUCGUUCAAGUUUAUUUGUGGGAACGAAACAAGCGUAAAAUUAUGCGCAGUUUUGAUCGAAAUUUCAGAAAUGGAAUACUUCUGAAAUAGGCUUAUCACGACGCUCAAGCAAGUAUUGACGUCAAAUAUAUUUUUACAGUCAGGAUUGUUUUUGUCUUUGUGGUGAUAAUUUGGCCCAUAGCAAGUUCUGCGUUACGACCCUAUGAAUAUUUAAUUGCGAAUAAUGCUCUGAGUUUUUUUCAUGUUCGUUAAUAUCAUCAAGUUCUUGUAGUGCUAAAUGCUAAGAACCAGGGUUAUAACUUUGUAAUCAGAGAAGUUUUUGAAACAGAAACGUAUGAAAAGAAAAAUUAGCAAAAUUACACAAUUUGUAAAAUCACUACUGAAGUCAUGGUUUAUAUUUUCGCUUGGAAAUAUUUUUACGCUUAUUAUUAAGUUGUUGACGACUCAGACGGCCUGAUACAGCAUCUAUAACUCAAUGAUUGCACACUUCAAGCUAACAGUGUUAAGUAAUGCUGGUGACUUGAAUAUUUCAUUUUCAGGAGAUACGCUGAUGAACACUUAUUGACAGAAAUACAGGAUCCACGUUCUGAUGAUGACCUUGAUUUAUCAGGUGCAUUGUUAUAUAGAAGAAAUGUUUCUCUCAAGAAUGCAUGAUUUUAUCAUUAUAAUAAAACUUUAAUUGAGAGACGACUUUAACUCUGAACCACAGUGUAUGUAAAUUCAAGCUCUCUUAUUUGAUUGAGAUUUAUUGCAUUUGAAGGGAAAAAAAAGGCAAUUUAUGUUUUUACAAAAGGAGUUGUGGAUUUCCAGCUGUUUAAAUACCUACAUGUGUCUCAUGAUACACUGUUGGACGUUUAUUUCAAAACAGUCACUGAUAUUUUUCUUCUCUUGUUGGUUAAAGUGACAAAAUAAUUUACAAAAGAAAGUCCAUAAAGGAAUGGAAGGUCUAUUACCUCUAAUUGUGAAGGGUACCUUUUUUUAGGCUGGAAACAGAUUCAAUUUUUUUUUUUUUGGCAAAUUUGAAUCAUUGCGCCAAUUUCUUGUAUUUUCACCCUUAACCUUUCAACUCCCAAGAUAUGAUUGUUAAUUUUCUCCUCCAGCUGCUGCACAUUUCCUUGUAAAUUAGUUAUGAGAAUUUGGUGUUAGAUCAAGAUAAAACUCCUACUUAAUAAGUUUUGAGUACAGUCAUUACCUAUUUGCUAGAUAAUGUGUGGAUUUUACAGAGAGAAGUUACAGGUUAAUCAGUGAACCCUUAGAAGUGAGUGUCAUGUUAUUUUUCUUUACAGUAUCUUUACAUUAUCUACCAAAAUAGUGAUGAGAAUGGAUGAAUGGAAGUUAAUGGUGUGUCUAGAUGUAACUCUAAAUUCUCACAAUCAAUUUGCAAGAAAAUGUGUGGCAGCUAAAGGGGAGAAUUUUGAAUCACAUCUUAAUAGUUUUAGGGUCAAACUAUUUUGGAAUAUAUUUUUUGUUUUAGAUGUAAGGCGUCAAACAGGUCAUGAACCAAAUGGGCGACAAAACCCUCAAACCUCAGCAAAUGUUAGGACAGGACUUAGACAAGAGAGGUAUUUGAAGAGUUUAAUUCCUUCCAAUUUAUUACAAGUGUAG